CAAAUGCAGCAGAGUCUCGGCGCGCUCGGCACCAGGGGGGCCGCCCCGCGUCCGCCGCGGACCGGCUGGCUUCGGCCAAGAGAUGAGAAAAAAGAAGCGCGUCCGACUCUAAACGCUUGUGGACUUUUUGUACUGGUGCUGCUGGUGGUGCUGCAGGCAUGUUGGGCCGACGCCCUGGGCGUCACCGGCACGGCACAAGGCGUCCGCCCUGAGCGAAAGGGCGCCAACUUCCAGGCCAAGGCCAAAAGCCAAGCCGGUCAAGCCGCCCAAGCCGCCAUCCAAAUAGCCAAGGAGACGGGCAGCCCGGAGGACUACGACACCAUCACGGUCCCCACCCGCACCGGCGAGGUGGUCUCCUUGGUGGUGAAGAGGCACGGCCGCAGCAUCAGCCUCAGCCCGGCGCACGCGGCGCUGAGCGCGCACGGCAUCGUCCAGUCGCGGCGGCCGUCCAACGCCACGGGCCGCCUGGGCAAGAGCGGCCGCGCUCAGCGGCCGGCCAGGGGCCGCGCCGGCGACACCAAGAAGUCCCAGAUGCUCGUGGACAACGAGGGCGUGCCCGUCAUCACCGGCGUCAGGGUGCCCGACGACGAGGACGACAAGAUACACACGUGGCGCGGCGCCAGGGUCGUCAACAACACCCUGGUCGAGGGCCCGUUCGACGGGCCGCCGCCCUGGCCCAUCGAGGCCGACGACAAGUGUGCUCAGCACACUCCGUUCCGCUUGUACUCGCAAGUAUACUCAGAUGAGUACACUCUAACGAGAGUGUGCCCAGAUCCUGGAAGUAUAUGCAGUUAG